CGGGCGGAGGUGGCGCGCUGCGCUCAGCAGCUGCGCAGCAUAGGCGACAACUGGGACCUGCGGCAGAAGAUCCUCAACUUCCUCAGCAAGCUCUUCUGCCCGAAAACGUGA